GGUUUGAAUAUUUCCAUGAAGUGUCGUGAGUACGUUACCGUCUCGAUGAAAAAAGUUUUUAAGAAAGUUAAAAUUCUGCCGGUGAUGAAAACCCGAAGAAGAAGUACCACGUUUGUCAGACUGGAGGGGCACGUGCCUUCUUCGGCAUCUCCUCCAGACACAGGGACAGCUACACUGGCUCCCAGUAGUUCGAGCCCAGAUAUGGAUGACGUCAGUAGUAAGAGGCAAGCUACAAGGGUAUUCAAGAAGAGCUCACCCAAUGGAAAGAUAACAGUUUACUUAGGUAAAAGGGAUUUUGUGGAUCAUAUAUCCCACGUGGAUCCAAUAGAUGGGGUAGUGUUAAUAGACCCUGAUUAUGUAAAGGAUCGGAAAGUAUUUGGCCACGUAUUGGCCGCAUUUAGAUAUGGUAGAGAAGACUUGGACGUUUUGGGCCUGACUUUCAGGAAAGAUUUGUACUUAGCAUCUGAACAAAUUUAUCCCCAAAAUAGCUCCAGCGCUCAAAAUUCGCGACCAUUAACAAGAUUACAAGAACGACUUAUAAAGAAAUUAGGCGCAAAUGCUUUCCCGUUUUAUUUCGAGUUGCCACCUCAUUGUCCAGCCUCUGUCACUCUUCAACCAGCUCCAGGGGAUACCGGAAAACCUUGCGGUGUUGACUAUGAACUUAAAGCGUUUGUGGGAGUUUCUCAAGAAGAUAAACCUCAUAAAAGAAACUCUGUCAGAUUGGCAAUACGCAAAAUUAUGUAUGCUCCAAGUAAACAGGGAGAACAGCCGUCUGUAGAAGUUAGCAAGGAAUUUAUGAUGAGCCCAAACAAACUGUAUCUCGAGGCCUCCUUAGAUAAAGAAUUAUAUCACCACGGUGAAAAUAUCGCUGUCAACGUUCAUAUAGCCAACAAUUCGAACCGUACCGUAAAGAAGAUUAAGGUUUCAGUUAGACAAUUCGCUGAUAUCUGUCUAUUUUCCACAGCUCAAUACAAAUGUACCGUAGCAGAAACUGAAAGCGAUACAGGUCGUUCAAUACCUCAGGGUUACACUCUGAACAAAGUGUUCACGGUCAGACCACUUUUAGCUAAUAAUAAGGACAAAAGAGGUCUAGCCCUUGAUGGCCAAUUAAAACACGAAGAUACCAAUCUAGCCUCAUCUACGAUAGUUGCUGACCCUUCACAGCGAGAAAAUUUGGGCAUUAUCGUCCAAUAUAAGGUCAAAGUAAAGCUUUGUCUUGGUGCUCUAGGCGGAGAUUUGGUUGCGGAACUGCCGUUUAUCUUGAUGCAUCCUAAACCGGAGGAGGAACUGAUUCCACCCAGCGUUACUCCAUCAAGAAGAGUCAGUAAAGAUGGAGACAAUGAUGUUCCAGUAGACACUAACUUAAUUCAACUUGAUGCGGAUGAGAACAAUUUACAAGAUCACGACGAUGACAUAAUUUUUGAAGAUUUCGCUCGGUUAAGGCUCAAGGGUGGCGAGACAGAUGCAUGAGGAUUAAUCCAGGUAUGGGCUGCCCAUCCAUUGCUACCUAUAUUUGACGUGUAUGGAAGCUGCCACUAGGCAGUUCAAAAAAAUAACGAAAAUUUUGUCAUCCCAGUAUGUGUACCCUAGUCAUUGGCUGUUACUCAGUCACAACCAAAAAAAAGCACUUAUUAUAUGUUGAAACAAUGUGACUUUAUACGCUUCAUACAGGGUGUCCCAUAUUUAUAUAUAUAUAUAUUAGUUAAAAUAAGGUGUCACGAUCCAGAAAUAAAUGAACUUUGUCUCCUUGGAUUAUAGUUAAGGUAAGAUUUAAAUUUGGGACAUUCAGUUUUAAGCUAAUAUCUUGUUUACGUUCUUCAGAGGACAAAUAGUUCAUAAUUUUUGGACUUUUUAGGAAAAAUAUCAUCUAAAUAGACUACGCUUGGUUUAUAGUGAGAAAUAUAUAUGAAUUUUUUAAUUCAAUAGAUAAAUGAUGUUGCACAAGAGUUUGUAAAGAAAAAGAAAAAUACCUUAAUAUAUCUAUAUUACAUAUUUAUCUAUUGCCAAUAUAUAUAUUACAGGUUUCUAAAAUAUACCAAGCGAGGGCUAACUAAUUAUAUUACUUCAUUUCAAUAUUACCAUUCAAGAAUUUUAUAUUUAUAUAAACAUACAUAUAUAUUUAACUUGGUAGCUCUAUUUAACGUCAAAGCACCCACUUCAGCAUUUAGGCUCAAUCCACAUUAUCUAGCUAUUGUUCAAAUUUAAUCUUCUGAAAAUUGUUGGGCAAGAAGUAAAUAUCAUGCAUUUUUUGUUACUGGAAAGCUUGUCUCUGUUUAAUUUAAAGAUGCUGGAUAUUGUGGAUAGCGUCAUUUUAUUUUUAAAUUUAGAAGACUGAAUCAUAGAUCAAGUAUAAACCAUCUAGGUUUUAGCUUAGGGCUGUGUCCAGUAUAAGUUCAAACUCGACUAUUUUAAAUAAAGGGAAAACGGUGUAUAUCGUCACAGAUUUGUUUUAAAAUAAACUUUCUACUGGCCAUAGUCGAAUUUUCAGAAAUAUUUCCUGGUUAAAAUCAACGAACUUCGUUAUAAUAUUGUAAACAUUGUACCUGGGAGGUAGAUAGAUUAGUAUCUUAUUACCAGAUUACUUACUUGUGGUUUAUUUUUGAAAUUCGCAAAAUUAUUAACAGUGAAACAGGACCGUAUCUAACAGAAACUUCGUUAAGAAUCAUAUACAGAUUUUUUUAAUUUAAUAUUGAUUUUGUCUAGCUCCCACCCUAAGAUACGGCUUUGGGUUUAAAAGUUUAUUUUUAAGGUUGUUUCUGCCUGUGUCAAAUUCGUUAAUUCGCAGUGACUGCGCUUCAACUUUAUUUAAUGAAAUAUAACUACAUAUUUUUUUCUAAAAUCACAAUAAGGUAACUGAUAAGAGAUGAAAUCCUUUAAAUCGAAACAAAUAGUACAAAGUACUAACAGCAUUAAGAGAUGAAUUUAUCAGUAUAUAACCGUCACUCAACUACCAGUUAAGUCGUUUUUAUUAACACAAAAUUUGUUGGACGUAAGCAGCGUUUUUUGGCAGUAAAAACUGCUAAAUACUAAUAAAAGCGAUAUUGUUGUACAGUAAAAACAAUCGUUCUUACUGUACAACAGUUUAACCCCAUUUAAUAAUACGAGGGUUGUCUGUUAUAUUUUGCAUUUAGUAGAAAAAAACAGUAGAUAACUUUUAAACACUAUUGUAUUUCGAAGUAUUCUCCGCGAAGAGAAAUGCAUAUUUGCAUUCCUUGGAACUAAUUCUGAAAGCAGUUAUCCUUCAAAAUUGCGUUUUUGAAGGCGCAAACAGCCGAUUGACGUUUAUUUUCGGGGCCAUAUCGGUCUAAAAUUUUGGCGUUAAGUUAAUGACAGUUACUACAUGCAAAAUUCAAAAGACAACCCUCGUAGUAUACCCGCCCAUGGUACUCAAUUAUAAACAACCAUUUUGUGAGGUAAAUCAUUCAAUAAUGUGAAAAACUUUUCAAACGCUCAUUUGUAUUAAAAAUAUCGUUUAUUGAAAAUUAUUGCAUUUAUUGGUGAUCUUUUAUUAAUCAGCAUUUAACUGGGCCUGUAUUGAAUCUUGCACCGAAAAUAAGAGGUCUUAUAAAAUAACUAAUAUACCUAGCUUGUAAGUACAUAAAGCUUUUCUAUUUCGAAAUAGGUGCUUUGAUAAAACUUAGAAGCAAACGGUCUGGUCAUAUUUUCCAAUCCUUUUUCAAGACUUCAUAACAAAUAGAAUCGUCCUGUGGAUAUAUUUUUUUAAAUUCUGACUAGAGAGAUCUUAUUACGAAUCAAUGAAAUGUGAUAUUUCUCGUCCAAUUAACAUUUAGAAAUCUCUAUUUUGGGGAAAAUGAAAUUUGUGUAGAUUUGAAUCAGAAUUUAAAGUAAGAGAGAUACAAAAACAUCUCAUAUAAACUCUAAAGUUAUGAAGUUUUGGCUAAACUAAAAAGUACAGCUUUUGUAACGUCGGUUUUUAAAAUUUUGUACUGAAUUUUUUUACAAACAUUUUUUAUUACCUUUUUAAUGCACUUUUAUACUUAAAAACAGAUACACUAUAGUGGACAGUACUUUCUUAUUAAAAUAUAUUUUAGGGUGUUAUUAAUAAUAAUUCGAGGGUAAUUGGUAAACUGCUGAAUUGGGAGAUCAUUUUUGAAAAUUUUUACGCCCGAAUUGUUGAGUAUUGUACGGUCUAAUUAUAUAGAAAAUUUUCGAAAGUUUGAUUUUUUAACUUUGAAUAUCUUAGUAUCUAAUAAAGAAACAAGUAGUUAGGCGAUAUCAUGAAUAAGUCUGAGCAGGAUAAGGAAGGGUAAUUAAUAUAAUAGGGAAAUUACGUCGAAUAUCAAUAUAUUCUCUUAGUUUGGGCAUAACAAAUUAUCACAGCAGUUUAUUUGAAAAAGCAUUAUACUUUAGGCAAAAAGGUUACGGUCCGUGCCUAAGGAAGAAAUCAAGAAAAACUUUUACAAAAAGAAUGUUAUUAGUGUAUGAGAUAUGAACAAAGAGUGUGUUAUGAUUUUAAAAGUUUCAGUUUUAGCAGAAUACUUACAAACAUUUAUGUUUAAAAGAUAACUCAAGAAUAUAAUGUUACUCAACUUGUAUUCUUCCAUUUUCCUUGAAAACGAUGAGAUAAUAUGAAUGUUUAAUGGUUUGCUUAAUAACAACACUCACUCUUAACAGUAGCGUAAAAAUAUCAAGAAUUUUUGUCAUUUCGAAAAAAUUCUUUAAACAGAUGUUAAAAAGAAUAUUUGACGUUUCUAUGUAUCCUUCAAUCCAUAUAAGUAAUUACUAGUCUUAUAUUUAUAAGGGAAAGAUGUUUCUUCACGCAAACUGUCAAUUUGGAUGUCCAUUUUAUAAGUUAGCCCUUUUUUAAUUUAUAGAAAAUUGUUAGUAUACUGAUCGUACAUAUAGAAAUUUUAUUUAUUAUUUUUAAUAAUAAAAUGUGUAAUUAUCCUG